GUAUACAUGUAUAUAUAUACUGUAGGGAAUGCUGUAUCAGUACUUGUAGUCCAAGGCGCUGUGUGUUCACACUAUGAUGUUCCCUACUGCGUUUCUGCUGCUGUCGCUUGUCUCUGUCGUGACGUCAUCAUAUGUCAACGGCUUUGACAAGCCUUUUCGGUUCCGAUGUCGUCGGGGGAAGUCCAUUGCUUCCUGGGAAAGCUAUCAUAGCAACCACCAUGAAGACAGACGCUACAAGUUCACCUGUCAGAAGACACCAAGUCUAUCAGGGAGAUGUCGAUGGCAUGGCUUUGUGAACCAAUUUGAUAAACCGAUAUCUUUCCAAUGCCCCAACAAUGGCGUUAUUAGAGGCGUCAGCAGCUAUCACCACAACCACUUCGAAGACCGACGAUUUAAGUUCCUCUGUUGCUCCCUGAGAGGUAGACAUUUGGUGCGUUGUGCCAAGACCGGCUAUGUCAACACUUGGGAUGAGAGGUUCACCUUCAGAAUGCCUGCUGCACACUUCCUCAAGGGAGUCUUCAGCAUUCACCACAACCAUUUCGAAGACAGGCGCUGGAAGUUUGAAACCUGCUUGAUCCACUGAUGGAAACGUCGUGCCCACAUGUAACCAGUCAAUACAUGCUGCUGUAAAAAAAAGUA